UUUUUUGGGUGUAGUCUCAAGGAAUUGAUUUUGGUGUAUAUGCCUCUUCUUCGCUACAUGGAUAUAUACCUUCUUUGCUACUAUGAGGAAUUGAUUUUGGUGUAUAUGCCUUGAAUUUCUAUAUAUUUCGAAUUCUCCCAUUGUCCAUCCCUGUUGUUUUGGUGCAGUUGUUUCUUUAUACAGUUCUUGAACUUGGUGAUGUUAAAACAUUUGGCUAAUGAUUUGUACUACGAAUUGACUACCCAUCUGAACUCAACCGAUCCGUAAUACUUCUGUAGUUGGUGUUUACUUCAUGGAUUUUUUGUUUCUCCAUUUAGUGUUACUAAAGCAUUAGCUUAUGACAACUAUAUACUACCCCCCAAACACAACGUAACAAUGGCUAUGCAUAAUUGAGCUGUACGUUGGCUGCUUGAAGCGAUGAAGACAACUAAUAAACAAGGCAAACAAAGGUUUGUUUGUUUGGUUUGUUAAAUGCAACAUUUAUCCAACUUGGGGGUGUGGUUGAGUGGAAGAGACUUAUCCAUUCUUAUUAACCAGAGGGCAAGGAUUAAAUCAUUGACUUUGGUGUAAAAACAUGGCGUCUACGACGAGAGUGACCGUGCUGAUGGUGGCGGCAGUGGUGGUGUUGGCGGCGACCAUGACGGAGGCACAGAUCCAGCAACUUCCGUCGUGCGCUCAUAAGCUGAUCCCCUGCGUUCAGUACUUAAACUACACCGCGGACCGGCUGCUCUGUUGCGAAAGGCUGAAAUACGUGAUGGCUCACGAGGUUCCUUGUCUCUGCAAGUUUUCCAGAGAUAAUGCGAUGUUGAGCUUCUCCAAAGUUGAAGGCGACGGCAGCAGAUCGGCCGCUAAACUUCCUCAGGAAUGUGGAGUCGCUGAUACCUUCCCCUGCAACGCAAAUGGUGCAGGGAGGAUGAUUGAGAGGACUGCAAUUUCAAGCUUGCUACUAUUGGGUGUUCUUUUGAUGAUGCUUUGAUAGAUCACAAAUGUGUUGGUUCUUGGACUCCACAUUUCCACACUAAUAAUUCACCAUCAUAUAUUUAUUUUCCAUAUAUAUAUUGUAACCUUUAUCUCACCAUGACACCAUGAUAUUUAUGAUAAUGUAUUGUAAUAAAUUUCGGAAUAAACGAUAAGUAUACAACACAUCAGUGUACCUCCUUCCCUUUAUCUCACCAUGACACCAUACUAUGUUUUUUCCCUUUUAAUUUAAUUUUAUCAAAUGGAUAACAAAAACGUAACGAUCCAAAA